GUGUAGAUUGAAUAUAUUUUAAAAGAAACAAGCCGGCAGACGAUCUACCAAAUAAACCACAAAAAAAGAUUUUCGAACGGACCGAUGUCAGGAGAGAACCAAAAUACUUCAAAUCAGGAAAAUGCAGCCGUCGAAGAGUACAAUUACGAUCGCGAUCUCUACCGCUGCCCGAUCUCCUGGCCCUUCACCUCGGACAAGCCUAAGAUGACCAAAAAAGUGUACUCUCUCAUUCGCAAAGCCGUCAAGGAGAACAAAAAAGGGAUCAUCAAAGGCAUCAAGGAUGUCACUAAGUCCAUCCGAAAAGGCCAUAAAGGCAUUCUGGUCCUCGGCGCGGACGCCUCCCCGUACGACGUGAUCUCGCACUUUCCUAUGAUGGCGGAGGAGGCGAAGAUUCCGUAUGUGUGGGUGCCCUCCCGCCAGGAUUUGGGCGUCUCCACGCAGUGCAAGCGCGCCACCUCCGUCGUGCUCCUUAAACCUAAUGAAUCCUUUAAGGCGAGCUACGAUAAAGUCGCCCUCGCGAUUGAGGAUCUCCUCACUAGCGAGGAAUCAGCUUGAUUAGUAAGGUUAAGGGACUCCCUGUUUUUAUUUUGGGGUUUGUUUUCAUCCGUUUAAUUAUUUGUGUGUGAAGGGGAAUGAUGGGUUUUGACUAUUUCAGUUGCAGAUUAGGUUUGAUAUAUACAUUUCAUAAUGACAACUUUGAGAGGUUUUAAUAAAUAAAAAAGUCUUUAAAUGACUACUGCUAUAUUGAAUUUGUCCAAGUUGCAGUUUAUAGUAGUGUAGGUGAAUAAAUAAUAUGGAAAGAGCAACGGAUCCAUUUUCUGCAUCACCUUUCAAAGGGGAAAGGGUUCAGAAAAAUCGUAUUUCGUAUUUCUCUAUCCAUCUUUUGAGUUUUUAAACCGAAACAAAAA